AUGAGCUCUCAAUCUAAUAUAUUAAGUUUAAUCGACGAAUAUGUGCCCGAAAGGUUGAAAGUGAGCUGCGACAGAUGGCUGAGGUAUGACCAAAAUGAAGAGACCCGCAGUGAGAUACUGACAAUUAUAGGAAGAAAGGACUGGAAAGAGCUGGGAAAUAGACUGGAAGGCAGAAUCCCUUUUGGGACAGCUGGGUUAAGAGGUAGGAUGGAAGCCGGAUUCACUCGUAUGAAUUCUUUGGUGAUUCUUCAAACUUCACAAGGUUUGGCUCAAUAUAUAAUGGAAAAAUUUCCACAGAAUUUAAGCGUUGUAGUUGGGCAUGAUCACAGAUAUCACUCAAAAGAAUUUGCUGAUAUUACAGUUGCCACUUUUCUUAAUGCUGGAUUUAAAGUCUUCUAUUUGAAUACGGAAAAUGAGUUUGUUCAUACGCCACUCGUCCCAUAUUCUGUAGACAAGCUAAGGUCCGCCUGUGGUGUCAUGAUAACUGCAAGUCACAAUCCAAAAGAUGACAAUGGCUAUAAAGUAUAUUAUUCCAACGGAUGCCAAAUUAUACCUCCUCACGAUAAGAAUAUUGCAUUAACAAUUGAGAAAAACCUGACUCCUUGGAGCAAAGAUUGGAACUGGAAGGAUCUAUUCAGUACAGAAGAAAGAAAUGGUAAUUUAGAAUUUAAUGGAAACAAAAUGUUUCUUGCUUAUGUACAAGAUAUCACACGAUAUGUUUUUACGAAUGGUUCACCUAUGCUGAAAACUGGAAAGCCAUGGUUUGUGUAUACUCCAAUGCAUGGAGUUGGCCACAAAAUAUUUGGCCAAAUAGCAAAGCAAGUUCUGGGUUUGUCAGAAAAUGUUGAUUAUUUUUCUGUCCCAGAACAAAUCAAACCGGACCCGUCCUUUCCUACAGUGAGCUUUCCAAAUCCUGAAGAAAAAGGUGCAUUAGAUAUGGCCAUCCAACUAGCUGAAAGAGAAGGAUUAACUUUGAUUAUUGCCAAUGAUCCAGAUGCAGAUAGGUUUUCAGCAGCAGUUAAGGAUAAGAGGUCUCAUGAAUGGAGACAGCUGUCUGGAAACGAGAUUGGAUCUCUUUUUGCUAUUUUCAAACUUCAAGAGCACAAAGAAAAAGCGGCCUCUAGAAAGCCUUUGGCAAUGUUGAAUUCGACAGUUUCAUCCCAAAUGCUGAAAAAAAUGGCACAAGUUGAAGGUUUUCACUAUGAAGAAACCCUGACUGGCUUCAAGUGGAUUGGAAACCGGGCAUUACAGUUGGAGCAACAAGGCUACGACGUGUGCUUCGGCUAUGAGGAAGCUAUAGGUUACAUGUUUCCGUGUAUGGAACACGACAAAGAUGGAAUAAUUGCAUCUGUUGUAUUUCUCCAUAUGUAUUCAAAGUGGUUGGAACUAGAAGGACUAGGACCACUUGAUGUGUUAGAUCUGUGCUUUGAAAAAUAUGGCGUGUUCUCUGAGUAUAAUGGUUAUUAUACAGUAGAAGAACCGGCUUUAAUCGAGAGCGUAUUCUCUUAUAUUAGAGAUGAAUAUUGUCCUAAGGCUCGACCAUAUCCGGAAAAGCUUGGCAGAGAAUUCUUCUUAACAUCUUUCAGAGAUCUUACACUCGGCUAUCAGUCAGACACUAUUGACUUUAAGCCAACGCUCCCGGUCGAUGCAUCAUCUCAGAUGAUUACUGCCACCUUAAAGCCGGAACGUACCGUCGGUCAUGAAGAGAUAAGGUUCACCAUUCGAGGCUCUGGCACAGAACCAAAACUAAAGGUUUAUAUAGAAUCGCACGCAGCGAAUAAAGAAGCUGCUGCUAAUCUUGCGCACCUCACAUGGAAUGUUCUCAGGCGGGAGUGGUUUAGGCCCGAAAUAACGGGUCUGAAGACUUCCUUUUAA